UAUUCACACUAUUGAGGAUCCAAGCUAGUAUUCGGAUGGCUGAACCUAAUUACUUUAGCCUUGAGAACCAGACAACUACUGAACAACUUCUCUUCUCUAUUUAUAUCAACGCUUCUAUUGGAGUUUUAUUAUUCCUAAUAUUUAUAUUCACACGACCUCAUCGACCUGAUUUAUAUAGCCCUAAAAAAAAGAAUCCUCUGCUACCUCGUACUUAUGUAACAUGGCUUUAUAAACUAUUUAAAAUAAAGGAUGAUCAGGUUUAUGAGAGUGCAGGUAUUGAUGCGAUUGUCGCCGUAAAGAUAACGAGACUUGGGCUGCGAUUUUGUCUUUUUUCUUUACCCGUUGCUUUUGGGGUUGUUCUUCCUUUGAAUUAUUUUGGCCAUGCUCAACAGAAAGGCUUUGAUCAGUUUUCCAUGGCUAAUAUUGAUUCUUCCGAUCACGGCCUGCUUCCGGUUCAUUGCUUAGCAUUGUACUAUUUUACAGCUGUGCUCUUUUGGCUGCUCCACUCGCAAAAUAUGGACUUUGUUAAGCUUCGCAUGAAAUAUUUGCAAAAAGGCAGCCCACAGCAGUAUUCUAUUCUCGUAAAAGGCGAUGAUGUUGAGCGUUUCGAUGAUCAGGGAAUUUACGCUUUGUUCUCCGACUUGUACCCUUCUGCCGUCCGGGAGGCCAAAAUUAUACAGUUUCCCUACGAGCUUAAAAAGGCCGUUAGGAAAAGAGAUAAUGUUUUAAACAAGCUAGAAGGUUAUAUGUGGCGCUACGCAACGUCCUCCAGCGCCAAAAGAGCUACUUUAAAGAAAACUGUUCAGGGCGUUAGAAAUUACGUCGACGCCAUUCAAUUUUACACUAACAAACUCGAGAGGUUAAACGAGUUGGUCAAACGCGAAAAGGAAAAGCCUCACGAGAUCUUGGGCGUCGCGGGGUUUGUUACCUUCCGCACUCUUCAGGCUGCCACGCAUGCCGUUCAAUGUAUUCACGUGGAGCACCUACUGUCUCUGGUUGUCAAGUCAGCCCCUGAGCCACGGGAUGUGUGCUGGACUAACGCUAGCGUUCGACCCAGAGUAAGCUUGCUGAGGUUACUGAUAAUGAAAUUUGCCACCGCCAUAUUGGUCCUCCUAUGGAUACCUCCUAUUAUGUUUGUACAAAGUGUUGUGUCUGUUAGCAAACUGUCUUCGUAUUUUCCCAGGUUACACAAUUUCCUUGAGGCUCAUCCUAAAAUUUUAGCCUUUGUUAGUGGGGCUCUCCCCCCCUUAAUUCUCCUUGCUUUCAUGUCCUUGCUACCAUUACUGUGCUGGUACUUGGCUAAAGCUGAGGGUUAUGAGGCAUAUAGCUGGAUCCAACUCGCGCAGAUAGAAAAACUUGGUUGGUUUUAUGUAAUUGAUGUCUUUAUGGUUAAAUUUUAUGCGGGAACAUUUAUAGCCACGUUUCAGAGUAUUCUCCAGGAUCCUCAGCAUGUACUGCGUAUAUUAGGAAACGGCAUGCCUAAAAUAGUCACUUUUUUUAUAAAUUACGUCUCAGCUUUAGGCUUCAUAACAAUUCCUUUAACUGUUAGUAAGAUAAUACCUCUUGUAUAUCAGUUUUUUUUUCUUCGCUGUCGCAACUUAACACCUAGAAAGAAGAAACUGGUUAAAAAAUUGCCUCCUUUUGAUUUUGCCGCUUUUUAUCCCCCUUGCUUUCUAGUGCUAAAUGUCACCAUCUCUAUGGCUGUAAUCAAUCCUUUUAUUUAUGUUGCUGCUCUCUUUUACUUUAUAAUGGCGUCUUUUCUGGUGAAGUAUGAGCUGCUUUACGUCACUGAACAAAAGUUUGAGAGUGGUGGUUGGGUAUGGCCGUUUUGUGUAAAGUUUACAUUUAUAGGGAUGAUUAUAUCACAGCUCACCUUACUAGGAAUAUUAAUCUUAAAUAAAUCCUAUUUGGCCAUAGUUGCUUGCUUGUUACUUAUCCCCAGUGUAUCUUUUUAUAUAUUUGAAAAUAAAUUUCUUCAAAAACCAGCUCACUACUUACCGACCACAGUUGCCUUGGCAGUGGACAGAAGACGUGGGUACCGGUCGCCCAACUUGGGCACUCCUUCACCCGAUACAGGGUGUAUUUACAUGCACAGGUUAUUUUCCACUCCUAAUAGCGUUUCCCCUGACGAAGAAAUCUUAGAGAAAUAUAAAGCUAAACUGGAAGAGGUAAAUUGCAAAUUGUAGUCUGGUAAUCGUUGUUGGACAAUUAUCGCUUUAAUUGGGGAGAGUAAUUGUUUAUUCAGUAAAAUUUAAAAAAAAAUUUGCAG